AUGUCGCAAUUUGAUAUCAAUAACCGUUGGUAUGUCGCAAGUGUCUCCUACUCCGACGAUAAAACACCCGGGAGAACGUUCAAACUCAACGAUUACACCUUGCUCGACGAUAUCAUUGACGAAAUCCACUAUCGUCUACCUUACAGAGACAAGCGAAAGGUUGUGAAACUCGAGUAUCGUUCACCUUCAGUUGACAACAAAGGGGACAUUGUUUACAACAAUUUUGAGCUCAAGAACCGAGAGAAUGUUUCGUCGAUGUGUCGAACGUAUUUAGAGUUUGAAGAGGAAAUUUCGCUGGAGUUGGUAGCGACGGUACAAAGAACAGUCAAACAAACCUUAAAAAUGUGCAAGUGUCCACUAGACUAUUGA